GCGAAGUUUCUUCUAUUGUACUUUAUUUGUUCGACUUAGAUUUUAUUGAAAUGGUAGUUUUAUUGGAGUACAUAUUUUUUCUCUGUGGAAACUGCUUGACCGAGUUACAUGGUUUGGGUUUUCAGUCAGAAAGGGAGGAUAGUAGAAUCAACAUCAAGGUCAAAAGGCAGCUUAAGAAGUCGGAGUCCUCGACCAAGAUAUGAUGAUGAGAGGCGUAGUCGGAGCCGUUCUUAUGAAAGUGUCUACCCUGCUCGUCGUACCCCUAAUCCUCGGAGGAGCCCCUCUCCUCGCAGGACACCUCCAUCUAGGGGUGGGAGUCCUGAUGGACGCAAUCACAAAGAAUGCUCACCUACUCUAAAAAGUGUUUCUCUGUGUGGUAGACCUGCUGAUUCUCAAAGCCCUUCUCGACAUUCCAAUACUGAUGAAUAGGGAGUGAUAUAGUAUGUGAUGAAUCUUCAGCUCGUAUUCUACUCGUCGUACUGUGUGUAGUUGAAACUGCUUCGGGGGAGGACAUCUUGAGAUUUUCAAUGUUGUUAUCAAAUCAUUGAAUGCUAGAAUUGAUUGCUCAGGGCUGAU